UACUAUUUAAUGUCUGCAACUAAAAUAUAUGAACCAGCAGAGAGAUAUGUAUACAAGUAUAUUUACAGGCAUGCAGAGAGAUAAAAAAUUGUGAUAAAUAUAUCAAAAUUGGUUAGACUUUGAAAUAUUUGUAUAGUUCCACAAUGGUUGGAGAGAGUCUCAUUAUUUAUUUAACCUACAUAUUUCUAAUACUACAGUCGCCGUUAGUUAAUUGCAAAAUUUUUUACAAAGUUAUGGUAGAAGAAGAUAUUAUUCGCAUACACUCAAAAUCAUGCACAGAUGAAACUGCUGUCUUGCCGACUGUGUGCAAAAAAGAUCUGACGUACAUAGGAGAUGCCUCAUGUACAUUUAAAGAACUAAAUGGUACUGGGAGAUUUAUUCUGAAGGAUGCUGUUGUAAACUUAACAACUAAAUCAAAUUUUACUUAUUUCUAUUGGUACAUACAUAAAAAAUGGCAUUUUUUGAAAAUAAGUUUAUUUAAUGGCAGUUGUAAUGUCUGGGUUAUAGAACAGCAACUUAAAACUUCUGAAGCAAAAGUAUGUCUUGACAAAUUAAGUCAGAACGUAGUAAAUGAGCAGUUUCCUCAAAAAAAUAUUUCAAGUGAAAAAGAAAGACAUAGAGAUCGUUAUAGAAUUAUGGUAGACAAUGAAAAUAUUCUCACACACUUAAUUACAUGUAAAGAUAAAACUUCCGUGAUACCGUCUAUGUGCAAAAAAGAUCUCACGUACAUAGCAGAUGAUUCUUGUCCAUUUAAAGAACUAAACGAUGUCUCGAAAUUUACUCUAAAAGACGGUUUUGUAAACUUAAUAACCAAAUUAAAUUUUACGUAUUUAUAUUGGUAUAUGUUUAAAAAAUGGUAUUUUUUUAAAACCAACUUAUUUAAUUCAAGUUGUAAUGUAUGGGUCAUAGAUCAGCCACUGAAAACCUCCUAUGCAAAGAUGUGUCUCGAUAAAUUAAGUGAGAACCAAAGAGAUGAGCAGUUACCUCGAAAAAAUAUUCCAAAUAAAAAAGAAAUACAUAGAGACCGUUAUAAAAUUAUGAUAGACAAGGAAAAUAUACUCAUACAUUCACUAUCGUGUAAAUAUAAAUCUACGAUACCGUCUGUGUGCAAAAAAGAUCUUAAGUAUUUAGGAGAUGCUUCAUGCCCAUUUAAUGAACUAAACGGUAUUCAAAACUUUACUCUAAAAGACGAUAUUGUACACUCGACAACUAAAUCAAAUUUUACGUACUUAUAUUGGUAUAUAAAUAAAAACUGGUAUUUUUUGAAAACUGGUUUAUUUAAUUCAAGUUGUAAUAUCUGGGUUAUCGAACAGCAACUUAAAUCAUCUGAAGUAGAGUUGUGCCUGGAUCAAUUAAGUGAGAACCUAAGAGAUGAACAGUUUUCUCAAAAAAAGAUUUCAAAUGAAAAAGACAUACAUAGAGACCAGUAUAAAAUUAUGAUAGACAAGGAAAAUAUACUCAUACAUUCACUAUCGUGUAAAUAUAAAUCUACGAUACCGUCUGUGUGCAAAAAAGAUCUUAAGUAUUUAGGAGAUGCUUCAUGCCCAUUUAAUGAACUAAACGGUAUUCAAAACUUUACUCUAAAAGACGAUAUUGUACACUCGACAACUAAAUCAAAUUUUACGUACUUAUAUUGGUAUAUAAAUAAAAACUGGUAUUUUUUGAAAACUGGUUUAUUUAAUUCAAGUUGUAAUAUCUGGGUUAUCGAACAGCAACUUAAAUCAUCUGAAGUAGAGUUGUGCCUCGAUAAAUUAAGUGAGAACCUUGAGCAGAUUUCUCCAGAUGAGCAGGUCUCUCCAAAAAAUAUUUCAAAUGAAGGAGAGGUACAUAGAGAUGAUGCAAACACUGAAGGGUCAUCUGUUAGUAAAUUGAUUUAUACAAAGACAACAGCAAAGAACAAUUUAGUUAGUUCUACCAGUGCACCACGAAGUAUAAAGGAAACUACAGAUAAAAACUGGCUUAAAGGAGUAAUAAUUUUGACAGUGGUUACAUUAUUAUUUUUGGUACUAUUUUUGUUAGUAUUAUGCACUUUAACUAUUUGUUUGGGAUAUGCCAUUUGGAAAAGAAAUAUUGGUAUGGAUCACAAAAUUACCUCUGGGAACGACAACCUCUUAUGCGAGGAACACAACUAUUUACAGCUAAUACUUCACCUUAAAAUGUUGAAUGAAUGAAUGAAAAUGAUGAAUAAAUAAUUUUUUAAAAGUAAGUCCAUCUUUGAAAAUGCAACACUGUCAACAAGUGUUUAGUUUUUAACGUGUGUGCCUAAUAGACCAUAUGUUGCAAAAAUGAACUUUAUCUGAAAUGAAGAUAGGAGAGCACCCGCUCUCACCCUAUCAGUGUGUUCUCAACCGAGAUCAAGGCAACAUCUCGUUGCCCCACUCAAGUGUCUCAGUACAGGAUCUCAGCAAAACACCGUUACCAGACUCGACACUCAAAAGUGUAAGGUGUUCUCCAGUACGAGAUCCGAGCAACACACCGUUGCAGUCGGGUUCGCCUAUUAUCAGUGAAAAGUGUGCUUAGUGCUCCAGUACGAGGUAUUUGGAAUACGCUCGUUUGCUCCCUCAAAAGAUUUCGCCAAGGAAUCAUCACACCUGUUCCCAAGCUUAGUUGGAUCUACGUUGCUUUCAACCACACCGUUGCCACAUCGCCUGCUCAGCCUGGAGAGUGGUGGAAUUUUGAAAAGACAAUAUAGUGCGUACACGGACGUCAGACUGAAAUACUCAUGGUAGCUUGUAAGUACUCAUUCUAGUUAUAUGUAGGAGUUUUCUCUCGAUCGACACUAGUGUUGCAUCAAUUUUGUUUAAGUGUUUUGCUCUCUCUCUCUCUCUCUCUCUCUUCUCUUGAUCAACAUUGGUGUUGCAUCUAACCGUUUUGUUUGUAUGUUUUGUUUUCUCCUUCUCUUAGGUCUGUUUUGUGUUAUAUUUGUAUAUAUCUCCUCUCAAUAAAUAGUUAGUACUCGUUAAUGAAAGCUCCGUUAAACCUUAGUGUUUAAACAUCCCUUUCCCACCCUCUUUAUUACAGUUACAGAUAGAUAUCCUCAUUAUAUUGUAUUUAGAACCAGCACCUUUAGUAGUACAGCCUCUCUCUCUCUCUUUGUCUAGGACGAUCUUAAUGACGUCCUAUUGUCUUGUUGGGAUCAGUGUUGCCAAUCGGCAGAUCUUUUUGAGAGUUGUCGUAUCUUCUUCGUAUCUUUAUAUAAAUCGGAUAUUUGCGUAUAUUUUUCAGUGCAUCUACCAAUCUACGACAACAGACUAAUAACAAAAAUAAGCUUAAAAAAAUCCGUUUGUCAUUCAUAUAUUCCCAACAAUACAUUAAUUUUCUUUGGUUCCACCCAAAUUUCUAUAAAUAGCCUAUAUUUAUAUUGGAUGCAUGUUAGCGACACCCGAUAUUUUUCAUGGUAAUUAUCUAAGUGAGGACAGAUAAGAAGGGACAAAAGGGACCUGUGCGAAUUGUCUUGUUUAUAAUUUGAAUGCACAAAUGUUUCCACUUAAGGUGGUAUGACACAAUGUUAAAAUUUAUAUAAUUUUAGGUACAGUUACCGCCACUAUUUCAAAACCAAUUUUCAACUUGUGGGUAUGUACGUGAACUGUAAACUUUCUAGUUUAAUAGUAUCUAGUUAAAAUUUCAAAAAAAAGCAGUAAUUUUUUUUAUAACUGUACUUAAAGGAACCCAUGUCAUAACUUACUUGGUAUCCAGCCCUAAAAAUUGGAUAUAUGUAAUAAUUUUUGAACUUCUGUACAAAAUAACUACCAUAAAUAAUUAACUAUGCAAUAAGCUUUAUUUUAAGCAAACGUUCAUUAUUCAUACUGCCAUAAUUUUUAAAUUAACUGUACCUAAAGAUAAAAAUUAUACUUAUAAGCUGCAAUCUAGGGAUUUUGUUGAUAUAACCCUAACAAGUUGGCAUUGUUCUAGUGAUAAAUUAGUUCGGCUAUCACUUAAUAGAUGAGAAACUGAGUUCACGUGUCAUUUAGUAGAUGGCAGCAGUGAUGUAUUAAAUGGAGACAAAGGCGCGUUUUCCAAAUGUUAAAAAAAUCUGCAAAACAUUGAAAACGAGUUUUGUAACCAUGGAAAUAUGAAUCACGUGGUUUUGUUUAGAAAAGUGUCCCCUCCCCCUGCCAGUAAACAUUUUGGACUUUGUUUGUGUUUCAAUCAUGAUAUUGUGACCUCUCUGUGGCUCAGUGGCGUGGUAAGAACGCCUACCUUUGGACCUAAAGGUCGUGAGUUCGAAUCUCACCUUGGUGGAGAAUUUCUCAUUUCUUAAAAAUUAAUAAAUGAAAAUAGUUUCUGUCCUUGUGGGAUCGGUACUCACCGGAGGGACCGCAGAAGUUCGGAUACAAUUAGCGUUUCUUUGCAAAAACAAUAAGGUGACCAACUGUACUCAUUUACGGAGUUUUGUACUCUUUUUUUCGUUAACUGUACUCUUUUCAAACCUUUAUUCUGAAAGUACUCAUUUGUAUAAUUUUAUACUCAUUGUGAAUGGAUAGAAAGGCUAGUGAACUUUAGAGCAUUAAAUUGUUUCAAAUGGACCCUUCUAAAACAGUAAAUUUGCCUCGCACCAUUUGCCUCGCACCAUUUGCCUCGCACCAUUUUCCUCGCAUCAUUCGCCCCGCACCAUUUGCCUCGCACCAUUUGCCUCGCACCAUUUGCCUCGCACCAUUUGCCUCACACCAUUUACCUCGCACCAUUUGCCUCGCACCAUUUGCCUCGCACCAUUCGCCCCGCACCAUUCGCCACGCACCAUUUGCCUCGCACCAUUUGCCUCGCACCAUUUGCCUCGCACCAUUUGCUUCGCACCAUUUACCUCGCACCAUUCGCCUCGCAAUAUUUGCCUCGCACCAUUCGCCUCGCACCAUUCGCCUCGCACCAUUUGCCUCGCACCAUUUGCCUCGCACCAGUUGCCUCGCACCAUUUACCUCGCACCAUUUACCUCGCACCAUUUGCCUCGCACCAUUUGCCUCGCACCAUUUGCCUCGCACCAUUUGCCUCGCACCAGUUGCCUCGCACCAUUUACCUCGCACCAUUUGCCUCGCACCAUUCGCCUUACACCAUUCGCCACGCACCAUUUGUCUCGCACCCUUUGCCUCGCACCAUUUGUUCGCACCAGUUGCCUCGAACCAUUUACCUCGCACCAUUUGCCUCGCACCAUUCGCCCCGCACCAUUCGCCACGCACCAUUCGUCUCGCACCCUUUGCCUCGCACCAUUUGCCUCGCACCAUUUGCUUCGCACCAUUUACCUCGCACCAUUCGCCUCGCACUAUUCGCCCCGCACCAUUCGCCCCGCACCAUUUGCCUCGCACCAUUUGCCUCGCACCAUUUGCCUCGCACCAUUUACUUCGCACCAUUUACCUAGCACCAUUCGCCUCGCACCAUUUGCCUCGCAUCAUUUGCCCCGCACCAUUCGCCUCGCACCAUUCGCCUCGCACCAUUUGCCUCGCACCAUUUGCCUCGCACCAGUUGCCUCGCACCAGUUGCCUCGCACCAUUUGCCUCGCACCAUUUACCUCGCACCAUUUGCCUCGCACCAUUUACCUCGCACCAUUUGCCUAGCACCAUUUGCCUCGCACCAUUCGCCCCGCACCAUUCGCCACGCACCAUUUGCUUCGCACCAUUUACCUCGCACCAUUCGCCGCCUCGCACCAUUUGCCUCACACCAUUCGCCUCGGAGCCAUUUGCCUCGCACCAUUUGCCUCGCACCAGUUGCCUCGCACCAUUCGUUCGUAUUUCAAUCAGAGAAAUAGAGACUUUUCAUUGUGUCGUUAUAUAAAGUAAAUAAUUGCACGAAUUAAGUGAGAAAAAACUAUUAUUUAGUAGAUAGCAAAAACUCAUACCAUAAACAUUAGGAUUAAUUAUUUUUGGCCCAGAAACAGAUUUAGUAUUAGGAUUAAUUAUUUUUGCCCAGAAAUAGAUUUAGUAUUAGGAUUUAAAUUUUUCUGUAGGUCUAGGGGAUUAACAUAUUUUCAAUACUUGCAAAGUGUACUCUUUUUGAACAAAAAAUAGUUGGUCACCUUAAAAAACAAUGACUUCGACUUUGCUAAGUAACAAGACAUUUACACAAUACACACACACUACACAUUACACUCAUAUGUGUACCUUGGAAAAGUCGUUAACUCCAAAUAGGAUCAAACAACCGAAAUACGAUCUAGAAUUGAAAAGGCCAGAGCAACAUUUAUGACAACAUGAGAAAUAUAUUCAUCAAAUUCGAUAUAUCUAUCCCACUAAAAAUACGGCUGCUAAAAUGAUAUCUUUCCGGUCUUGCUAUAUGGAGCAGAGGCCUGGACAGUAACGGAAACAUUGAUGAAAAAGCUAGAGGAAUUCGAAAUGUGGGUGUACCGACCUAUCCUCAAAAUAUCCUGGACGACUCACACUACCAACGUAGAGGUAUUGCGCCGAGGGGAAAACAAAAAUGAGAAAUCUCUUUCACAAUAAUUAAGAAACGGAAACCUGAAUACCUCGAUCAUAUUAUGAGACAUGAUAAAUAUCGUAUACUGCCACUGACAAUACAGAGUAAAAUAGAGAGCAAACGUGGACCCAGAAGAAGAAGACACUCAUUACUUCAAAACUUACACCAAUGGUUUGGACUAACGUGCCAAUGUCUGUAACGGACGAAGCACAUGAAUAAGAAGAAGAAUAAUUUAAAAUGAAGUAUACUUCUUCUUCUCACGGUGCUUAUUCGUUCCGGAUGUUGGCGUUCAGCAUGGCUAUCCUAACUUUGCUUGCUGCUAUUCGGAAUAGUCUGUUUGUCGAUGUAUUGAACCAGUUUCUCAGAUUAUGAAGCCAAGAUAUUCUUCUUUUCCCUGGUCCUCUCUUCCCAAUACCUUGCCCUGAAGAAUGAGUAGCGGCAAUCUCUAUUCAUUCCUCAUAACAUGGCCAAGAUAUUCUACUUUGCGCUCUUUGAUAAUAAUGUGUGUUAAUAAUCUAGCAUUCCUUGCCCAUUGCACAUUCUACGUAAGACCUCAACAUUAGUCACACGACUCAUCCACGAAAUUCUUAAAAUGCGACUAAAAUGUGAAAUUUUCCGAGGAAAAAACUUCCCCUGUUGAAAAAACAUUCAAUAUGAAAAAAGUUAUUGUAGUGACGCUGUUUUUCAAUUGACUUACGUAUUUUACAUUUAUUAAAAAUACUAAUUUUAUACUCGAUUUUCAUUCUGAGAAUUAGCAUAAUUCUUUUUUGGUCAUUUAGAUAGGCACUUGUAUUUCAAAUAAUUGCAAAUUUCUUUAGUUUGAAAUAAAUCUUUUUGAGCAGGUAAAGAACUACGAAUUGCCGUCUGUAAAUAUAAUAUUAAAUAAUAACUAUUUCCAAAUGAAUGAAUGUUUAGUAUCUAUUAAUCUAUUAAUGAGAAUUUACCCUAGGCAGGUAAAGAAAGGAUUAAAAACUGUCGUCUGUAAAUACAAAGUACGAUUGAGAGCGAGCUGUGCCGAGCUUAAGUUGCAAUACGUGGCAUCAAUGCUGUGUCGUUCAGAGAACUAAAUUUAAUAAUAAAAUAUAUGUACGUGCUGCCAUCUAUUCAAAGAAUUGUUAAACGUUAGUUUACAAAUUCGCCACCUAUUUUGACCAUAGCGUGCUAAUACCCCAUUAAGGCAUACUGAUCUAAUUCACAUUUUAAAAACAGGGAUUCUACCGUCCGAUUUUAUUUAUGGGUUUUUAGUCUUUAAACUUGUGAGAUCUGCUGCACGAUUUAGUUUUAUGUUUAUUGUAUGUAGUGCAGUGCUUAAGUAAAGGUCUGUUGAAAUAAGUUUUGGUUUGUGAAAAUACUUUUUUAUAAUGGAUAAAUGGUAAAAUUAAAAAAUGAAGCUAAUAUAUAUUUGUUUCCUAAUUUAAAAAAAAGUAUUUUCAUUGCUAUUACUUCUACCAUUUUCAAACGCUAAUGUCAACGGUGUAACCAGGAAAAUCCUAAGGGCGGGGGGUUACAACUACAUACUGGAGGGUUUCUAGGGGAUAUGAAAUAGUAAUGGUGUUAAGCGUAUACCUAGGGCUCAAAGUACAUCCCAAUGGGGGGAAAAUCCCCAAAACCCCAUAGUUACGCCACUGGCUAGUGUAGAAAGGGUUUUCAAUAAUAUAUUCAGUACAAAUACAUCAACAAUUAGGGCUGUAUUGGCAACUAAAGAUGGUGUCGGUAAUACUGGCUGUGUAAAAUGUACACCUUCAAAAAAAAUUAUACAAUGUAACGUAUCUAUGGCAAAAUAAAAAAAUAAGACUUUUGUGAUUUAUUAUAUUAUGUUUUUUUGUGGUGUUUUGCAUAACGUACAUACAUGUUUAGGUCAGUUAUGUUUCUACUGUUUUAGUUGUAAUAAAUCUUUAGUUGCGAAAAGAGCGUAAGGGCAAAAUAAUUUUUAAACGCAUUCAUUUUUUUAGAAUCCUGAGAAACCUAACAAAUAUUUUUGAAAAAUGUAAACGCAGAAUGAAAGAUUUCAUUAUUACCGAGGGCCAAAAGUCCAUUAGAAUAAACAAAAAGGUUUUUUUGAAUGGAAUAUUUGAAAUUAAAAAUCACACUCAAUUUUCUCUUUUUUUUUUCACCGCUGUAACUUAUUACAAUCAAAAUUAUAAAAAUCUUCAGGGACUUUCGGCCCUCGGUAAUAAUGUCUUGUAAUAUUUCAUUCUGCGUUUAUAUUUUUCAAAAAUAAUUAUUAGUUUUCUCGGGACUCGAAAAACCAUUGACCAGCAAUUUUUCGCCUACGCUCUAAUGUAGUUGUAGUUUUUUUGUAUUGAUUUAUAUAUUUUGUAUUGAUUCUAGUACCUAGUUUUAGAUAGUUUUAAAAAAGAUCCAAAUACUGAAAUAUUUAGAUAAUUUAACACUUACAAUAAUACAAAAUACGUACAAUAUAAUAAUUGUAGGUAAUUACAUGAAUUAAUAAGCUAGGAUUCGAGAUUUCAAUCUAUAAACGAAAAUUUUUAAAAUAAACGGUAAAACAGAAAAUCCAGCAGAUUAAAAAUAAUUAUUCUGUAAUAAGUAGUCUGAUUAAAGAAUAACAUUGGCAAUAGUGAUUUUAAUUACAGAAUAAUUUUUAAAGGUAGCGUAUCCAACGUUGUAACCAGGAUGAUCCUAAGGGGGGGCUACUAGUACUGGAUGGUCUCUGGGAGGUAUGGAAUAGUAAUGGUGUUAAGCGUAGCGAGCUCAAGGUACAUCCAAAUGGGGGGGUUAUAACUUUCAACCCUUACGCCUAUGAGCGUAUCUUUUCGUGACAAAUCGGAUAUUUUUCGAGCGGAUAAUCUAGAGAAAUGCGGUUGGCAACACUGGUUGGGAUAGCUAUUAUCUCAACAUAUACAUACUUCAUAAAAAAAAAAGUUAUAUAGAAAUCUAAAAACCAAACAAUAAAACGAUUAAAAAGGAAAAUAGAUAAAGAAAAAAAGAGAAAGUGAAAACAAACUUAAGUAUAUAUUUUUAAGAUAUACAGUAAAACCCCGAUUAUCCGUGAGCGGAUUAUCCGAGCUGCGGAUUAUCCGUGCUAUGGUAGGGGAGCAAAAUAUGCUAAAUGUGCAGUCACUCGAGCGCUUUAAGGACCUAUUGGGUUGUGAAGAGUAGGUCCUAAAACCAAAAUAAGUUAAGUAAAGUUUUCCAUUUUAGUGGGCGCUUGCCAUUUUUUUAAUUUAAUUUUCCAUUUCCAACAAUCGUUUUUUCCUAUUAUAACGCCAUCUAUCCAUAAUUUGAAAAAAUGUUCCGAAUAAAAGUUACUUAUUUUUACGUAAGGAAUCCAAAUCGGCAAUAAAAAUUGAGGGCUCCUAUUUAAGAUUUUAAAGUAACCCCCCACCCCACAUCCAUGGGGGGUCGUGUUUGGUGCCAUUCGAUAGAUUUUUCAAAAAUAUUGAAUAAUAGACCGGGCAGUAUCAUCGCCCCCGCUACCGAAAUUAUUCCGAACUUACUCAAAAGGAGGUCCUUAUAACAUAUCCACAGGGUGCCGGGCGGUGCCGUGGUCGAAAAAUUGUUUAAAAAAUUUUUUAAAACAAAUUCACAAAAAUAAUUUUUUCAUUUCGAACAAAAUUUUUUUAGAUAAAUUGGCUUAUUCUGAGCAAAAAAGGUCUCUUGUUAUUUUUUUUUUCUAAAAUUGAUUGUUGUCGAGUUAUAUGCGAUAAAAAAUUUGAAAAAUGCGAAAAUGGCCAUUUUCAAGGCUUAGUAACUCGAUUAAACAUUAUUAUUAUUAUGAAAUUCAAAAAGUCACCAAAUCAAGUUUCAAAUCCCUUCUUCCAGGUCCUGAAGAGAUUUUUGUCAUUAUUUAAUUAGAAAGCUGUUAUUUUUAAUUAUUAACAAUUAGCGCUAUAGUCCAGGAUUUAUCGUCGCCCCCGUUAGUGAAAUUAUUCCGAUUCCAUUUUGCAGAAACUUACUCAAAACGAGGUCCUUAUAACAUAUCCACAGGGUGCCGGGCGGUGACGUGGUCGAAAAAUUGUUUAAACAAUUUUUUUUUGAACAAAUUCACAAAAAUAAUUUUUUCACUUCAAACAAAUUUUUUUUAGAUAAUUUGGGACAUUCUGAGCAAAAAAUGUCUCUUGUGAUUUUUUUCUAAAAUUGAUUGUUGUCGAAUUAUACGCAAUUUAUAAUUUGAAAAAUGCAAAAAUGGCCAUAUGACUCGACAACAAUCAAUUUUAGAGAAAAAUCACAAGAGAUCUUUUUUGCUCAGAAUAACCCAAAUUAUCUAAAAAAAAUCGUUCGCAAAAAAAAUAUUUUAGUGAAUUUGUUUAAAAAAAAUUGUUUAAACAAUUUUUGGACCACGGUACCGCCCGGCACCCUGUGGAUAUGUUAUAAGGACCUCGUUUUGAGUAAGAUUCUGCAAAAAAUGGAAUCGGAAUAAUUUCACUAACGGGGGCGACGAUAAAUCCUGGACUAUAGCGCUAAUUGUUAAUAAUUACAAAUAACAGCUUUCUAAUAAAAUAAUGACAAAAAGCUCUUCAGGACCUGGAAGAAGGGAUUUGAGCUUGAUUUGGUGACUUUUUGAAUUUCAUAAUAAUAAUGUUUAAUCGAGUUAUUAAGCCUUGAAAAUGGCCAUUUUCGCAUUUUUCAAAUUUAUAAUCGCAUAUAACUCGACAACAAUCAAUUUUAGAAAAAAAUGACAAGAGACCUUUUUUGCUCAGAAUAAUCCAAUUUAACUAAAAAAAUUUUGUUCGAUAUGAAAAAAUUAUUUUUGUGAAUUUGUUUAAAAAAAAUUGUUUAAACAAUUUUUCGACCACGGCACCGCCCGGCACCCUGUGGAUAUGUUAUAGGGACCUCUUUUUGAGUAAGUUUGUGCAAAAAAAUCGAAUCGGAAUAAUUUCGCUAGCGGGGGCGACGAUACUGCCCGGUCUAUAAGUGUAUUUUACAGUUUUUCGAUCUGAUUUUCAUUUCGCGAAAUAUCGCGGGAUUCGUAUUUAAAAUAUAAAAUUUACCCCCCACCCCUCUCCGUCGGAAGUCGUGUUUGGUAUCAUUUGAUAGAUUUAAAAAAAAUAUUGGUCACGUAUUUUUUAGUUUUUCGAUAUGUCAUUCGUUUCGCGAAAUAUUCGCUUUUUUCUUGUGAAACUUUGGGACUCACUCAUUUCCUUACGCCCGGCUCAAAUCGUCAGAUUUUUUAAAUAUACACUCUUUUGCAUGUACUUAACUUACCUUAUCUUAAUCUGACAAUUUCGAGUUUUUUUAAGUAUAGAUUUUUUUUCGGUCCCCCUUAACGAACUCCCCUGUGCUAAGAGCCAAUAUAUGGUAGAGGUACAUCUGCAUGGUACCAGGUUUCUCCCUAUAUGCUAAUCUGACGCGCUCGAGUAACUGCAAAAAUCCCCGCUUGGGCUCCCCUACCACUAUGAUUUUCCAUUACCUACUCAAAUUGAAUUUUUAAGGUUUUAUUGAUAUAGCGUCACCGUAAAUCACUCAUCGGAAACUCUAUACAACGUGAGGGGAGCAAAUAAUUCAAUAUCGAUAGCAAUAGUGCUCGGGGGAACCCAGUGGUAAAUGUAAGAGUAAAGGAUCCCCCAAACCGACGCGAAAGUUUUGCGACGCGAAUUUUCCGUAGCGGAACAUUCGCAGGCGAAGCGGUAGCGGACAAGGGUUCCCCAUAUUGACGCGGAAGCCGACGCGACUAUUCGCCAUACAAAUGUGAACAGACUAUAUUUUUAAAUCGGCCAACAGGUUUAGGAAAUACAAGACAUCAAAAAUGACCAAAUUUUUAAGUGGGCGUAAUCUCUAUGCACGCAAAUUUAUAAUAAUAUUAUAAUAUAUAAUGAAAACUUAUCAUUUUCUCCUAAUUCUGACCCUAUACUAUUCCAGACUUUAUCCUUUUUUCUUUUUUCUUAUAUUUUUAUAAUCUUCGUCCGUUAAAUCAUAUAUUAUAGGAUAUUGUUUAACAAUUUCAAUGAGUUUUUCUGUAACACCCAUUUUAAAACACGCGAAACUACAACGGUAGCGGAAAAAACCGUGCAUGCAGCGUUUCAUGAAAGGAACGCUGUUCUGCCGCGACCGUUGCGGAUUCCGCGCAAAGUGGUCUGAACACGUUCAUAAUCCGCCGUGCCUAUCGAUUCGCCGCGAUACCGCGUAGGUUGCGGUUGCGAAAGUUUCGCGUUGGUUUGGGGGAUCCUAAAUGCUUUAACAAUUGAACAGACCGAGAUUUUAAACAGAAGUGGAAAAGUGAAACCGUCGCAUCGUUAUUACGAAUCUGUGAAGUUUUCAAGCAAACAAUACACAACUCUACGAAAUUCCGAAUCAUAAGUCUGAUUCCUUUAAAAACAUAUCUGCAAGGAAAUCGUUGAAAGGAUAACUUUUCAACCACUCGAUGAAUCACAUUCCUACCAAGUGGUUUCUGCAGAUAAGACCGGAGGGCAUAAAAAUCUAUACGCAAAUAUGUGCUAAGCAAGUGGAGAUGUUUAAUGAACGCUUGAAAAUAAAAGAACUUUUCAAAUUAUUUCAUUUAAAAAAAAAAUGAAAAAAAAAUGAAUAUGAAAAAAAUGAAGAACAUAGAGAAAUGAGAAGAAGAUUAGAAAGAAUUGAAAUAAAAGAUAUAUUACAAAAUGAAGAAUAUUUUGGAAUAUUAAACAAUCUAACAGAAAUAAUAUCUAAAAAACAACAAGAAAUCUAUAAUAAUAGAAGAAGACAACAAAUAAUCCAACCCUGAUGAAGUUGAGUAAGAUAAAGUUAAAAUAAAUAAAAUAAAAUAUAAAUUCAAAAAUAGAUAUUUACAAUUAUAAUAAUAAUAAUAAAUCAAUAUAAAAUAUAUAAAUAAAAAUAAUAAUUCAAUAAAUAAUUCAUUAAAUUAAAAAAAAAAGACUACCAACUCUCUUCUGAAAAUAGAGGGACUGUCUUUAUAACUUAGAAGGGAGUUGAUAGUACCAAAAAUAUUUUUUUGCACGAUUGAUCAUUUUUGACUGUUUACAGUGACAGAUUUUACGUCAGUAGGUGACAUUUACUAGCAACUCGACGGUACGUAAUCCAACUCGACGAUAAAUACUCCAACUCGACGGUAAGUAAUUCACUUACUGUCGAGUUAAAAAUCUCUUAAUUUUAAUUUAUUUUUUGAAAGAAUAAAGAAAACUAACGAAUUAUUUAUUAAUAUUGAAACUUAUGGUACAAUUUGUUAAAUUAUUUAAUGAAAUCCCACUUGUUUGGGCUGUGGUUUCACUUCUAACUGAAACUCCUGCAGAAUCGCAUACAUUAGUAGUAUCCAACAUUUUUUCUCUUCAAAUACGCGAUCAAAGUUGAAAACUUGGAAAUAUCAAUGCCAUCAUAAAGAAAAACGGUGGAUUUAAUCAUUAAAUAUUCUGCCCAGAGGCUUCCAGGAGCUUUCAACUGCAUAUGUCUUUGAACGAAAUAUGCCAAUAGAGUCUUUUCUUCGAUUCUUAAAUUCUUGUCUUCGCACCAUUUUUUAAAACUUUGGUAGGUAUUUUGAUAACGGAUUUUGGAUUUUUCGGGAAUAAUUGCGGAACAUCCUUCUUCCCAAGCCCGUUCAAUUUCUUCAAAUUCACUUUCGCUCAUAUUUUAAUUUAUAAUAAUCAAAAUUGUACUUAAAAUUAUUGACAACUAAAUAAAAACUCAAUUCUCCAUUGUUGUUAUGCACCCUAGUUACUACCUAACAAUCAAAGUAUCUAUCUUGAUAAAAUGAAUGAAAGUAGUCAAUAUGACGAAAAUGUUUAAUUUUAUAAUUUAUAAUGGUAUCAAUCGUGCAAAAAACGUUAUAAGCAUGUCGAACGUUAAGGGUAACCGAUCUCAGACAAUAAUUGGAGUCGUCGCUCCGCUCCUCCUCCAAACAAUUGUCUUCGUUCGGUAUAAAACCCUUACCGUUCUCCAUACUUAAUAUACUAUAACGAAUGUAUAUUGUUUAUUUAAAUUUGUUAAAUGUAUUUAGUCCAGAAAGCCACUGCGCAUUCGCUAGGAAAAAUAUUCUAAUUCAGAUUUUUUGCACAAUCUUACUCAAAAAGGACUCCUUUUAACAAAUUUGCAUGUUGCCAGGACCAAAAGGUGGUCAAAAAUUUUUUAAACGUUUUUUUUUUUGUUUUUUUCCUAAAAUUAUUUUUUUUGCAUGGAAAAAAGUUUUUUUAGGUUUUUUGGAUCAUUCCAAACAAAAAAGGUCUUUAGUAACUUUUCUCUAAAAAUGAUAGUUUUUGACAUAUAAGCGAUUAAAAAUUGAAAAAUUGCGAAAUCGGCCAUUUUUAACCCUCAAAAACUAUGUGAAAAACUGAAAAUUUGAAUGUUGCCAAGGUAGGCAGAUAUUCUUUAAACAUCGAUUGAUGAAAUCCCUAAGAGUUUUUUGCAAUACAAUAUUCAAAACUCCUAUUUUUUUUAAUUGCUAAUCAAGCGUGCUCGACACUAUUUUCCACCGACAGUAUGGUGCAAAUGAAAGGAAUAAAUUCGUUAUUUCGUAAACCGGCGACUUUAAGGAAAAAUCCCGAAACAGGUCGAUUUUUAUUUUUAAGUUAUGAUAUUGUGGCAUAUAUGGUAUACUAGUGACGUCAUCCGCCUGGGCGUGAUGACGUAAUCGAUGAUUUUUUUUAAAUGAGAAUAGGGAUCGUUUGGUAGCUCAUUUGAAAGGUUCUUCAAUUCUCUAUUCAGUAAUGUAGACAUUUACAUAAUUAUUUAUACAGGGUGUCCUUCUACUUCUUUUUUUGUCAAAUAAUUUAAUUUAAUAAAAUUUUUUUGGACACCCUGUAUAAAUAAUUAUGUAAAUGUUUAUAUUACUGAAUAGAGAAUUGAAGAACCUUUCAAAUGAGCUAGCACACGACACCUAUUCUCAUUUAAAAAAAUCAUCGACUACGUCAUCACGUCCAGAUGGAUGACGUCACUAGUAUAUCAUAUAUGCCACAAUAUCAUAACUUAAAAAUAAAAAUCGACCUGUUUCGGGAUUUUUCCUUAAAGUCGCCGGUUUACGAAAUAACGAAUUUAUUCCUUUCAUUUGCACCAUACUGUCGGUGGAAAAUAGUGUCGCGCACGCUUGAUUAGCAAUUAAAAAACAAAGAAGUUUUGAAUAUUGUAUUGCAAAAAACUCUUAGGGAUUUCAUCAAUCGAUGUUUAAAGAAUAUCUACCUACCUUGGCAACAUUCAAAUUUUCAGGUUUUCACAUAGUUUUUGAGUCAUCACAUCAUUUUUAGAGAAAAGUCACUAAAGACCUUUUCUGUUUGGAAUGAUCCAAAAAACCUAAAAAAACUUUUUUCCAUGCAAAAAAAAAUAAUUUUAGGAAAAAAACAAAAAAAAAACGUUUAAAAAAUUUUUGACCACCUUUUGGUCCUGGCAACAUGCAAAUUUGUUAAAAGGAGUCCUUUUUGAGUAAGAUUGUGCAAAAAAUCCGAAUUAGAAUAUUUUCCCUAGCGGUUGCGCAGUGGCUUUCUGGACUAAUUUGUUAAAUGUAAUUAAUAGAUUAUGGUAAAUUAAUUAGUACAUUGUAAAAAUAGAUUAAGUAGUUUAUAGUAAAAAAUGUAAAAAUAUAAAAAAAAUAUCUGUAAUCCCAUCAGGAAAAAACGACCUGGAUUAGUCACUAGAGGCCAGGUCAUAUGUAUAAACAAUAAAUAAUAAAAAUAAUAAUAAAAAUAAUAAUAAUAAAUUUCAAAAUGAGAGUUAAGACGAAAAUAAAAAUGAUGCCACGGUAUCAUUCAAAAGAGUAACUAAUUAAGUGGGUGAGGAAGCUUCCAAUAUUCUAAUAUAAUUGAGCAACGAGAAACUUUGGACCUUGUCGAUAUUUUGAACUUGCACAGAAUACGUCAGAAGAUUGAGCUAUGAGUUAGUUUAAAUUUACGAGAUUUACUUUUUCAUCAGAUUUAAAGAGAAAAUGCGAAAACGGCGGGUUCGUUGGAAUAGCUAUUUGUAUAACAAGGGAGGAAAGUGCUACUUUUCCUCCCGAGAAUGAAGUCAAGGGAGGAAAAGGCACUUUACUCCCAUGUUAUACAUAUGGUUUUUCCACCUUCCUCAAAUAACAAGUCAUUUUUUCAUUUUUACUUAAUUUAUUUAUGUAACUAACCAACAAAAUGUAUUAAAACUAAAACUAACAAGUAGGUACAGUAUAACUGUCAACUGUCAAAUUUAAGUCAAAUUAUUAAUGUAAACAUUGUUAAAUCAAAAUAAAAAUUUACUGUUUUUUACCAUUCUGCAAAAUACAGGGUGUUUUAUAAAUAAACGUUAAAAUGUAUAGAUACUUACGUAAUAGAAAAUAGAUAUUGUACAGGGCGUCAAUUAUAUUUCAUAAAUGAAAUCCCAUGACGUCACUUUUACUUUUCCUCCCUAGGGAGGAAAAAUAUUUUCCUUCCUAGGGACGAAAAGUACAAGUUUGCUCCCUACAAUCAGGUCCGGAAAAGUAUACUUUCGGUAGAGGUAGGUGGAAAAAAAUAUUUCCAUGAGUUUUUUUUGCAUAAUAUCACAUUCGUGAGACACCCCAGAAUAAGGUUAAAGAAGUCGCCCACACGAGAAGUGGUCCAAAUUUUUUUUAAUCAAAUUGCAAAUAUCAAUAUUUUUGGCCCAAACAAAUUUUCUUUAAAUUUUUCGGACCAUUCCGGACAAAAAAGGUUUUUUGUGAUUUUUCUCUAAAGUUGAUCAUGUUCGAGUUAUAAGCAAUCUAAAAUUUGGAAAACGCGAAAAUGGCCAUAUUUAAGACUUAAUAAGUCGGUUAAAAAUUAAUAUUUAGAAAGUCAGAAAGUGACUAAAUCAAAUUUAAAGCCCCCCUACAUUAUCCUGAAGAAAUUUGUGUCAUUAUUUUAUUACUAAGCUUUUUUUUUUUAAUUAUUAAUAAUGAGCGAUAAGAUCGUAUUGACUCGGCUGUAAAUGUGAGUGCGAGUGAGAUGCGCCAUUGGACUGCCUGAAUGGCAUCUCUUUCGCACUCAUUAUUGACGGCUGCCUAAUGCGUGCAUGGCGCUCGUUAUUAUAACUUAAAAAUAUCAACUUAGUAAUCAAAUAAUGACAAAAAUUUCUUCAGGAUCUUGUAGGGGGGGAUUUAAACUUUGAUUUAGUCGCUUUCUGACUUUCAUAGUAAUAACUUUUUACCGAGUCUUAAGCCUUUCGCCAUUUUUCGUUUUUUUUUUCAAUCUUAAAAUACUUUUACCUCGAAAACGAUCAUCUUUAGAGAAAAAUUAAAAGAGACAUGUUUUAUCCAAAAUUGUCCAAAAAACCUAAAAAACAUUUCUCCGGGUCAAAAAUAUUGAUUUUUGCAAUUUGAUUAAAAAAAAUAGUUAAAAAAAAUUUGGACCACUUUUUGCGUGGGCGACUUCUUGAAUUUUAUUCUGGAAUGUCUCACGAAUGUGAUUAUGCAAAAAAAUCUUAUGGGAAUAUUUUCUCAAAAGAACCCGCCGUUUUCGCCUUGUCUAUUAUAAUAUGUAGGUACUUAUGUAUGUAUGAUUUACAGAUGUACAACAUAUAAAAUAGUUAUUUUUCUACGGCCGUUCUAAAAGAGCCACUUUCACGCACGCUUUUCGUUUCCGAAAGUUGCACUUUCCCGCACGGUGUGCGUGAAAGUAAAUUUUCCUGCACGCCGUGCGGGAAAGUGCAACUUUCGGAAACGAAAUGCGUGCGUGAAAGUUGCUCUUUUAGCACGGCGGUAGAAAAAAUAAAUGUUUGGAUUAUCUGUGCUUUUCAAUUAUCCGUUUAUGAUUCACAUUGGUCCAAAAACAUAACAUUAACUUAAAGACUUAAAGACGUCGUGACGUUAAUCAUCCAAUACGAAGAGUAGCUGAAGUGCAGAUUCCUGGAAGGAGUAGGAGAGGAAGACCAAAUAAGACUUGGGGGAGACAAUUAGGCAAGACAUGUUGUUAAAGGGAAUUAAUAUUGAUAUGAUCGAAAUGGAGAAAUGCAAUUAGGGAAGUCGACCCCGCAUAGGGAUAAGGCAAAGAGAAUGACGAGUGAAAACCUCCAGGAUUUUGCAGAAUGCUCACCAGGUGCCAUUAAAUGACUGUGCAAUAAUUUAGAGAUUGAUAUGUAGUUUGCAAAAUAACUUAUGUUGUGAUAUGUCCUUUGAUUUUUUAUUGACUAUGGUUUUAUUUGUGUGUUUUAUCUGUGUUAUCUUUUAAUGUCAUAUUGUAAAUGAUUAUAAUAUGCUAAACAACCAAAAUAGCAUAAUAGAUGUUUCAUUGUUUGAAUCCAUAUAUGACUAGGCCAAUAAUGAAAACGCAAUCUUUGAACUAUUUCUUUUUAAGGGAAGUUAAGCACAGUUUUUAAGGGAAGAAAAAGGGAUGAAGACCACGUGUUCACAUUUUCACGUUGAUCUCGAAAACGAUUGAUUUUAUUAUUUUUUUGUAUAAAACGGAAGAAAAAUAAAUUUUUUACAAGCUAA